AUGUCCUUAUCAAAACCCUGGAAUCAUGGUUCUCACCACCCGUUCCCGCACAAGCAGAACUUCGAUCUCUACCGGGACGUCUCCUCGUCCCUCCGGCCUGCUUUCUCCCUCUCCACCUUCUCCCCCUUCGCGAUGAACGCCCUCUCCCCCGACGAGAUGGAGCGCUUCCAACGCCUCUCCAACACCUACCAACCCGACGUCCAGCCCAGUCACAGUAUCGCCCUGGACUACGCGAAUGCCGAUCCCACCCUGGCGGCAAAGACCAACACCGAGUCUUCCCGCAUCAAAUCACUCAAUACGCUGUUGGAUCAGAUCGGCCUGGCCGAUCAUAUCUAUGAGAUCUUUGUCGAUGCGACGGAGGAUAUUCUCAAGCGCAUCAUCGAUGCUAUCCAGAGCGGUGUGCAGGACGAGUCGUUCCUCGUCGAGGCUUUUAAUGAGGGAUACAGCUCCGAUGCCGUGAUCACCCAUUUCCGACUCUUGACUGGUGCUUGGAUCAAGCUCAACCCCGGUCGAUACCUUCCAUUCCUACCCAUGCCGGUCGAUCAGUAUUGCAGCACGCGGAUCGACCCGGUGAAGACCGAAAUCGACGAGGUGGGUCUACAGGCACUCAUCCACGGCGUCAUCGAAGGGUCUGGCUUUGGCGUGGAGAUCCUCUACCUGGACCGCAGUGAGGGUGAUGCGGUGACACCCCAUCAGCUCACCACCAACUGUCCCAGCGGCGCAACACUGCGCCUUCUGUAUCGACCUGGCCACUACGAUAUCCUCUACCAGGCUGAGUCCACUCUGAACGUGGCACCUAUCGUCAACCUCCAAUAUGGCCUGAGUUCCGACUAUACCAACUCCUGGGACAACGCCACUCUCGGCUUCGACAUGAACUCCAGUUUGAUGGCUAUCCCCAAUCUGAUGCAGGAUUCCUCCUUCGGCAUGGGUGCCUCCAUGUCCCCCAUGCCGUCGGUCUCGCCUGCUCCCCCCAGUCCCUACGGCAUGUCUCCCCAGCAAGAGAUGUACCCACCCAUGCAAUCGCAUCCCCCCAUCGCAUCUAUCUCCUCCCCCCACCCUCCCCCUUCCUCCGCCCCGCCGCCCAUGACCUCGCUGCCCAGUCGGAGCUCAGACGGCCCGCAGAUCCGACUGAACCCUCUCGUGAUGAAACCGAACCUCAGUCGAUCGCUGCCCGUCACCACACCUUUCAAAAACUCCCCUUACAACCAAGCCCACUUCCAAAAUUCCGACUUCGAGCCCAUUCACUGGGAGCCGCAUGGAAGAUGA